AUGCUCCAGAACACCAGAGCUGCAGAUCCCCAAGGCCCCAGAGCCCUGGAGUCCCAGUGCUUCAGGAGCCUCAUGGUCCCAGAGGCCCAGAAGCCCCAGAUCCCCGGAGCCCCAGGACCCAUGAAGUUCCAUGAACCCCAGGAGCCCCAGAGCCCCAGCAUCCCCAGAGCCCCCGGUGGUCCAGGCACCAGAGCCCGACAGUCCAUGAACCCCAAGGGCCACAAGACCCCUAAGGCCCCAGAGCCCCAGGGUCCCCAGGGUCUUUCAAAGCAAGACCCCAAGAGUGCCAGGACCCUCAAAGCCCCAGGGCCCCAGAUCUCCAGAGCUCCCGGAGCCCCGGAGUACAAACUACCGCAGGAGCCCAUGAGCACCAGGAGCCCCCUGGCUCCAGAUCAACUGAGCCCCAGCAGCCCCAGAUCCCCAGGAGUCCUGGAGUCCCAGGACUCCAAGGACUCCAGAACCCGAGAGCCCCUGGAGCCCCAAGGUCCCAGGGCUCCGGAGUCGAGAUGUCCACUAGUCCCAGAGUCCCAGAUUCCAGAGUUCCAGAAGAACAGCAGCCCCAAGGGCCUAGGGAGCCCAAACUCCAGAACCACCGAUUCCAGGAACAUCCAAGCCCCGGGAUCCAUGGAGUCCCAAGAAUCCCAGAAGGCCCCGAGACCCAGAGCCCUAGAAUCCCUGGAUCCCCAGGAGCCCAGGAGCCCCAGGUUCCCAUAG